AUGUCGUCCGCCCCGAGGCGCACUGCGUCGACCUCAUCAAGACCCUCACGACCCGCAGCUCAAUCCGAUCUUCCCCAUCGUACACGAAGCGUGGCGGUCCGAUCGUCCACCUCCUCCCAGCCCCCUGCGCAGAGUCACCACUCCCAUUCGAGAACCCCCUCCCAGGACCAUCGUCCACCCUCCAACUAUGCUGCGCUCGACAGUGUAGCCCGCCGGGACUUUGAGGCCUCCAAUGUCGCGCGGAUGCCGUCUCGUCGUGAGCCUUCCUCUGAGCGCUCGCAGGAGCGCCCGUCCACUGCCCGGACCGAAUCCACCCGGCGACACCAAAGAAAUCCCUCAGUUCAGCGGGACGGUGUGGAUAUGGCAAGCACAGCGACGUCCACGGAUGCUUCGCAACAUGCGACCGCCUCGCAGGGGCCCCCGACCGCCAAUUCCCAGCCCAGGCGGCGAACUACAAUCACUACGCCAACGGGUCAAUGGGCCCUGGGGAAGACCAUCGGUGCGGGGAGCAUGGGCAAAGUGAAAUUAGCGAAGAACAUGGAAACCGGAGAACAGGUCGCCGUCAAGAUCGUCCCGCGCCUUUCCACGGAGGAACAUCGCAACAGCCGCGACACGGAGAGAGCUGAUCGUUCUAAGGAAAUUCGAACCGCCCGAGAGGCAGCCAUUGUGAGCCUGGUGAGCCACCCGUAUAUCUGCGGCAUGCGCGACGUGGUGCGGACCACGUAUCACUGGUACAUGCUUUUCGAAUAUGUGAACGGCGGUCAAAUGCUGGACUACAUUAUCUCCCACGGCAAAUUGAAGGAGAAGCAGGCGCGCAAGUUCGCUCGUCAAAUCGCCAGUGCGCUGGAUUAUUGCCACCGCAAUAGUAUUGUCCAUCGCGAUUUGAAGAUCGAGAACAUCCUCAUCAGCAAGACCGGUGAUAUCAAAAUAAUUGAUUUUGGCCUCAGUAAUCUUUUUUCGCCCAGGAGCCUCCUUAAGACAUUCUGUGGAAGUCUCUACUUUGCCGCCCCGGAGUUGCUCCAAGCAAGGCAGUACACGGGGCCGGAAGUUGAUGUCUGGAGUUUUGGCAUCGUUCUGUAUGUUCUGGUCUGCGGAAAGGUGCCAUUUGAUGAUCAGAGCAUGCCUCAGCUGCAUGCGAAGAUCAAGAAGGGUGUCGUGGAAUAUCCACCUGGCCUCACGACGGAAUGUCGGCACAUCAUCUCUCGCAUGCUUGUCACAGACCCCAAGCAGCGUGCCAGCCUUGCUGAGAUCAUGAACCAUCCCUGGAUGAACAAGGGCUCGAACUAUCCUCCGGAGAAUUUCCUCCCUCACCGUGAACCUUUGCGACUUCCAUUGGAUCAGGAAGUAAUUGAGAAGAUGACAGGCUUCGAUUUUGGCCCCCCAGACUACAUCACUGCCCAGUUGACCAAGACGCUUGAGUCGGACGAGUACCAACACGCAGUACGGCUCAACUUCAAAGAACAGCAUACACCCAACCAGGCAGAGAAGAAGCGCGGUGUGUUUGACUUCUACAAGCGGCGCAACUCUGCCGCCAGCCGGGACACCCUGUCCGCGCCUUCUGCGGAGGCUGUUCAGUUGGGUAAUGACCCUUUGAACGCUUAUAGUCCCCUGGUAUCUGUCUACCAUCUUGUCAAAGAGAAACUUGAUCGGGAACGUGGUGAGGUCCGGCCUGGUGCCAUUGGCCUUCUUCAGACCCCUGGUGAUGUACAAGUUCCCGAGCUAGCACCUCCGGAAGCUGCUCACACAAACCAGUACUCGCUGCCGGGCGAGAAAGAUACCGGCCGUCGUUCUCGUCCGCGUGCCAGAACCCACGGUGAGGACGAAGCGACGGAGACACUGAAGAGUCAUCACACUUCGUCCCCAUCUGCACAUGCAGUGCCGAUUACAGUACAACCCGACACUCCGGUCAAGAAGGAAAGCGCCGCUGCUGGUCUCUUGAGACGCUUCAGCACUCGGCGGACUAAAGAACGCAGCCGCGAUCUCGAGCGAGAGCGCAUCAGCACCCCGAACACCCCCACCCUCAAUGUUCAGCCGCCUGCCGAUUCAGCCUCGCCGUUGCAUCGUGGCUUUAGUGUGCGGCGCACCCGACGGGCCGAGCCGUCUCCUGGCCCUAUCCCUUCUGGUGGUAGCCAGCCUCAACACCAAGAUCUUCUGGCCGCCCCAAGCUCUGGUGAGCAGUCUUCACAGUCAAACAAGUUCCUGGGCCGUUCUACCAGUGUCAACUCUGCCGAUUAUCGGCCCCGACGAGCCGCCCGGAGGCCAGAUGCCGAUACGUUGGAUGUCGAGCGCCAGCCUCCUUCAACGAGCGGCUCGGAUCAGGUUAGCUCCGAUAACCAACGAGAUCAACUUGGUGUAAAGACCGGCGGACGCACACAUACCGCACGAACCAUGUCGCUUGGCCAUGCCCGUCGGGAAAGCAUUCAGGCCCGUCGUGCCCGACGGGAGGCUAUCCUAGAGGCCAAUGUGCCAGAGGAGACCGAUGCGGAUAUCUCUGGCGCAGGAACCGCAUUGGAAAGCGCCAAUGAAGGAGAGGAUUUGUCCAAGCCUGUUUAUCUCAAGGGUCUUUUCAGUGUCUCGACUACCAGUAGCAAGCCCUUGCCCUUCAUUCGGGCCGAUAUCAUUCGUGUUCUGAGACAGUUGGCUGUCGAAUACGUCGAAAUCAAGGGCGGGUUCAGCUGCCGGCAUGCCCCAAGCAUCGACCUCGAGAAGGUGAUUGAUGUCAGCCCACCCAGCCCGGACCGCCAGGGCCAAGUUUCCCACCGCCGCCGCAUCAGUUUUGGCGGGCUACUCGGGCACGACGACAGCCGGGAUGACAGCCGCACAGCACACCCCAAGUUGCCGCGCCGAACCCAAGGGCAAGCAGAUCGCAGUUUCACCACCAACUCUGAAGGGUCUGAUGAGUUCGUUGCGCGCGAGCAGCCCACCACCAGUGGUGCGGUUGGUGAGCGAGUGGUUGGUGAAACCACCACCCGUGUUCAGAGCGACACUGGCGAGAACCUGGUUUUGCGAUUUGAGAUCUUCAUCGUGAAGGUCCCUCUGUUCUCGCUCCAUGGUAUCCAGUUCAAGAAGGUCGCAGGCGGUAUGUGGCAGUACCGCGAGAUGGCAAAAAAGAUUCUCGAUGCUUUGAGCCUGUGA